AUGAAAAUAGAGUUGAAGGAGGAACUAAAAGAGCUGAAAACAGAGUUCAUCAAAGAGCUGAAAAUCACAAUCAAAGAAACUCAACAAACUCACCAUGAUUCUAUGAAGAAGAUGGUUUUAGUGAAUGAUAAGGAUGUGAAGGUCGAAGAAUUCAAAGAGGAGAAGAGCAAGGUUGAUCUGAAUGUGGAGAAGACUGAGGUGAAGGAUUCUAAGGAUGUGAAGGUCGAAGAAUUCAAAGAGGAGAAGAAGAGCGUUGAUCUGAAUGAGGAGGAGACUGAGGUGAAGGAUUCUAAGGAUGUGAAGGUCGAAGAAUUCAAAGAGGAGAAGAAGAGCGUUGAUCUGAAUGAGGAGGAGACUGAGGUGAAGGAUUUUAAGGAUGUAAAGGUCGAAGAAUUCGAAGAGUUGAAGAGCAAGGUUGAUCUGAAUGCGGAGGAGACUAAGGAUGAGAAAAUCGAUGUUGUGGAUGAUGUGGCUGUGGAAGAUAAUGAGAAGAUGGAUGCUGUGGAUGUUGUGGAUGAUGUGGCUGUGGAGGAUGAUGAGAAGAUGGAUGUUGUCGAUGAUCUGAAAGUGAAGGUGAAUGAUCUAAAAGUGAAGGAAAUCGAUGCAUUCUGCUACCUAUUGCGAAAAAGGAUUACAGAAUAUCCCAAGACAUAUAAAAAUUCUAAAGUCGCAAUAGGGGAUUGCAUAUUGGCAGAUAGAAUAAGGCGAGAGUACAAGAAUUUUAGUAAAGAUCCUGCAAAAUAUCCAGUAAAAGAAUUCAAAGACUAUUACAUGGGUAUACCGCAUAGAAAUAUGCCUGAAUGGUCAACAAUCGACGAUAUAUACGUGCCCGUGAACAUAAACUAG